CUCUUUCCCCUACCUAGCAAACACUCGAAUUAGCUUCGAGAAGGGCAUCACGCGUCCUCGUGCUCCCUGGCUCGUUUCAGCUUCUGCGAGCGAAUGCGCGAGCACCCAACUCCAGCGUCCCUUCUACUAUUCUGCUCUGCUCUACUACCCUCCUUUGACCGGUGGGCGCGGGGGAUAGCAACAUCGCCGCCGCUCUCCCACCUCCCUCUCCUCUCUCGCGGCCGCGAUUACAAUACCGUUGAAUCAUACACCAAGCAGGACCCCCCCCCUCCCACACUCCCCCCUCUCUCUCGCCAUCAGACCACAGCCUCCUCCCCUCCCCAACACGCUUCCAUCCGGGCGCAACCGAGAUGGAGUGAAGGCGCUGGCUUACUCAUCCCUCCCAAUACACCACCUCGACGCCAGAUCAGCAUCCCACACGCGCUUCCGCGGCCCAGCCAUCCGCUUACCACCACUCACUCACUCUCCCCGGCGCUUCAUGGGCUUGAGCCGGGCGCCGAUUGCGAAAUAGCCGCCGCACGCGCUACGAAAAGCCAGUCAGAGCUGAUGGAGGGGGGGGGGAGCGGGUGUGUAGGUGGGUUUAGGAAUUGCUAGAGGUUCAGUAGCGGUACCAAAUCAGGGUGUAGGCCGCAACGCGCCGUC